AUGGGGUAUCUUACGUUCAUUUCUGUUGCAAUUUUAGCAAUCAUUUUACUGAUCCCUACACAAAGCUCGAAUCGUUCGAAAUUUAAUGAUGCAAGCCUAAAUAGCAUCCUAAAACCAGCUCUGAACACAUCCACUUGGGAAAACCUACAUUUAUGGAUAUCCUCCAGACUCCCGUCUAAAGAGGUGUCGAAUCCCAGCUUCUUGUAUAAUCCCGGGCACAAAAACCAACAAAAACUCAGCUCGAGCUCAUUUUACGACGAAGCUCAAUUCUUGAAGGAUCGUGAACAGAUUGGGAAAGAGAAUGCAACCAUCGUUAUGCUCGUUCGUAAUCUGGAACUAAAAGGAGCCUUGCAACUGAUGAGAUCACUCGAGGAUCGAUUCAACAAAGACUACAAAUACCCUUGGGUAUUCCUCAAUGAUGUUCCUUUCGAGCAAAACUUCAUAGAUCAGACAACGAUGAUGGCCAGCGGAAAGACAUACUACGAGCUUAUACCCAAAGAAGACUGGGGAAUGCCUCCGCACAUAGACAAAGAAAAGUUUGAGUAUAACUUGAUGAACUCGUGGGAUGUCAUCUACGGUCCUUCUCGCUCAUACAGAAAUAUGUGCCAUUUCAAUUCUGGGUAUUUCUACAAACAGAAACGUUUACUAAACUUCGAGUGGUAUUUUCGCGUAGAGCCUGACGUUGAGUACAUGUGUGACUUUCAGUACGAUCCAUUCACCGUGCUACGUGAAAACAAAAAAGUAUAUGGGUUUGUUCUUGCCCUUCCGGAUUAUGAAAACACGAUUCCAACACUUUGGCCGACAGUGGAGGAGUUCAUUCGCAAAUAUCCGCAAUAUCUACACCCAAAUAAUGCAUAUGACUUCUUGACCACCAACGAGACUGAUGUUUUCUUCGGUGUCGAGAACCCCACAAAUCACCUUUAUAAUAUGUGCCACUUCUGGUCCAAUUUUGAAAUCGCUAAUUUGAACUUUUUCAGAGGUGAAGCCUAUGGCGCGUAUUUUGAUCACUUAGAUAAAAGUGGUGGAUUCUAUUACGAAAGAUGGGGAGAUGCACCGGUGCAUACCAUUGGACUUGCUUUGCUUCUUGAUCGAGAUGAGAUACAUCACUUUGAAGACAUUGGCUACUACCAUGCUCCUUACAUGGGAUGUCCCACUUCCGAGGAUGUCCUUAUGGCUAAAAGAUGUAUAUGCAGAGAUAAGGCAUUUGAUGGCGAACCAUUGAAAGGAAUGGAAGUCAGACCGCCAAGUUGUCUACCCAGAUGGUGGAGAUACGGCAGCGGCAAGACAUUUUUGAACGACGCAAAUUAUACAUUUCGUUAG